AUGAGCAGCAGCAACGCUGAGCGCGGCUCCCUAUCUUCGGACUCGGUGUCUGACUUGGUGCGGGCCGAGUAUCCGUACACGGAUGAUUACCGUGCUUUCAGCAGUGGAAGCAGCACCGGGACACCCCUGUCGCCGUCGUCAACACUGACAUCGUCAAGCUGUGCGUCGUCGACCGUGUUGACAAAAACGGCGGCCGUCAAGAACGCAAACAAGAACGUCAACGUCCACACGACGUGCGGGCGGCAUUCAAACGAGUGGCUGUUCAGCGGCUGGCCGUCACCGUUCCGUCGGCGCGACCAGUGA